AUGGAGUUCUUCCACAAGGCCAAAGCCGUCCGCCUCCGCAGCCACCACGACAAGUACCUCCUCGCCGACGACGACGAGGAAUCCGUCCUGCAGGACCGAAACAGGUCGGCCAAGUGGCGGGUCGAGCCCGUACCCGGAUUCGACUCCAUCAUCCGCCUCAAGUCCUCCUACGACAAGUACCUCACCGCCUCCAACCACCCUUUCCUCCUCGGCAUGACUGGCCGGAAGGUGCUCCAGACCCUGCCCCGCCGCCUCGACUCGUCGGUGGAGUGGGAGCCGGUUCGGGAGGGGACCCAGAUCAAGCUUCGGACCCGGUACGAGAACUUCUUGAGAGCUAACGGCGGCCUCCCGCCGUGGAGAAACUCUGUGACCCACGACAUCCCACAUCGGACCGCGACCCAGGAUUGGGUUCUAUGGGACAUGGACGUCGUCGAGAUUCAAGUCCAAUCCCCUGCCGCCGCCAAAUCCCCUGCUUCUCAGCACCAGCUCCCUCACGCGGAUUCGCUCAAUUUCGAGGAAUCCAGCUCGCCUUCCUCUUUCUCCGCUAAACCCACUAAUUUCUCGAGACAAGAGUCGACGAACUCGAAUGUUGGGUCGCCGCCGAAGUUGGAGGGGAGGACUAUCUACUACCACGUAGCUGACGAGACGGGGGAG